AUGGAGACCGGCGUGGCGAGCUAUGCGAAAGGCGUGCUUCCCAGAGGGAUCUCGUCCCGGCGAGCCACCGCCCCCGGCCACGCCCUUCCCCUGCUCCGGUUGAAUGGCGCCCUGGUUAGUGGGGACUGAACUGAUAAUGAUCGGCUAACAUCUUUAUAUUAGGGAUUUGGAUUAGUAUCGUGGAGCCGAUUUCAGGCGGGAGUUGAUUGUUUCUCGCUGGUUGAUUGCCAUUGCAGUGCCUCAGGUCGAGCUCGCUGUUCGGGGAGUCGCUCAAGGUGUCGUCAUCUAUAUCCUCGUCGAGGGCCGUGAAGGCCGCUGGGGGAUCCUCCCCCGUCACGAGAUGCGAGCUCGGUGACAGCUUGGUGAGCCUUUUUCUGGAAAUCGUCUGGAGAGCCAGUGGUCUCGUAUGCGUGCGACGUUUUGACGAGUCCUUGGGAGGUCCUCAUGCGAUCUGGAAUUCUUCAGGAGGAGUUCUUGUCUAAGGCAACCCCUGACAAGGGCCUGAUCAGGCUGCUGGUGUGCAUGGGAGAGGCGCUGCGGACCAUCUCUUUCAAGGUGAGGACGGCGUCCUGCGGCGGCACUGCGUGUGUUAACACCUUCGGCGACGAGCAGCUCGCCGUCGAUCUCCUAGCGGACAAACUCCUCUUCGAGGUAGAACUCGACCUGAUGAUCGCCGCUCCUCCCUUCCCGCUCCUUGGUUCGGUCUCCUUCCUUGUUUACAUCUUGGCCUCAACCCGGACUGCAUUGCAGGCCCUGCGAUACUCUCAUUUCUGCAAUUACGCUUGCUCCGAGGAGGAGCCCGAGCUCCAGGACAUGGAAGGACCGGCAGAGGGUGGGUAUCCUUUUUGAAUUCACUCCACCCUUCCAUCUAAGCCGAACUGAGAUUCAUACCGAGGUUGAUGCACGCGAGGAUUUCACCAUGGCAGGCGGAUUCAGCGUGGCGUUCGAUCCGCUCGAUGGCUCCAGCAUCGUUGACACCAAUUUCACCGUCGGCACCAUCUUCGGCGUCUGGCCCGGCAAAGCGCUCACCGGCGUGACGGGGAGAGAUCAGGUCGCCGCUGCAAUGGGGAUCUACGGGCCCCGGACGACUUACAUCAUCGCCCUCAAGGACUGCCCCGGGACUCACGAAUUCCUUCUCUUGGACGACGGUCUCUCUCUCUCUAUCUCUCUAUCCCUGCAUGGUCUGUGGGCGAAAAUCGCAAGUCUUUCUUACGAUUUCCACUGCAGGGAAGUGGCAGCACGUCAAGGACACCACGUCGAUCGGUGAGGGGAAGAUGUUUUCCCCGGGGAAUCUCAGAGCAACCACCGACAACCCUGAGUACGCCAAGGUUUGUUCGAGGAUUCUCGAGAGCUUGGCGUCAUAGAUAGCCUGUGGAUCAAAUGACGGAGAAGAUGAGCUUGACGGGAUUUUCUGAUCUUGCAGCUGAUCGACUACUACGUCAGAGAGAAGUAUACCCUCCGCUACACCGGAGGAAUGGUUCCCGACGUCAACCAGGUACUCUGUCCCACCUACCAACAAGAUCAACCACACUGAACAUGGCGGAGAAUUGGAACUCUCAGAGACUUUCCCCCCUUACGAUUCUGUUUCUCUCUCUCGGGGACUACUCUCAGAUCAUAGUGAAGGAGAAGGGCAUCUUCACCAAUGUGACGUCCCCAACCGCCAAGGCAAAGCUGAGGCUGCUGUUCGAGGUGGCUCCGCUCGGGUUCCUGGUGGAGAAGGCGGGAGGCCACAGCAGCGACGGCAAGCAGUCGGUUCUGGACAAGGUGAUCACCACCCUCGACGAGCGGACCCAGGUCGCUUACGGCUCCAAGAACGAGAUCAUCCGCUUCGAGGAGACGAUGUACGGUUCCUCCAGGCUUAAGGCGGAGACCGCCGUCGGCGCCGCCGCGUGA